CUCAUUCACCACAUUGGACACCUCGGCAAAUUUCGGACCACUGAAUAUGCUUAGGUGGCCCACUUUUUCCAAGUUUCUCUCUCCGGAGUCCUGCGUCUCUAUAACUUUGCCACGGUUCCAGAGCCCCAUCACCUCCUCUUUUAUAACCUCAUUCCCCAAGCAAACUUUGAUCAACUCUCCCUCUCUCUCUCUCUCUCUCUCUCUCUCUCUCUCUCUCUCUCUCUCAAGCAUGGUUUUGGUUGCGAGCAAAGGGGGUGGUGCCGAUGAAGGGGAAGUAGUCAAUUUUCGAGGGAAGCUGGCGGACAAGACGAAGACCGGAGGAUGGCUCGCUGCCGGUCUAAUCUUAGGAACAGAACUUUCAGAAAGAAUUUGUGUAAUGGGAAUAGCAAUGAACUUGGUUACAUACUUGGUCGGUGAUUUGCAUCUACCUUCGGCGGCAUCCGCCAACAUAGUCACCAACUUCUUGGGCACUCUCAACCUUCUUGGUCUUCUUGGUGGCUUCUUGGCUGAUGCUAAGCUGGGACGCUACUUGACAGUUUCCAUAUUUGCCUCCAUAACUGCCGUGGGUGUGACUAUGUUAACUCUGGCCACCUCCAUAAGUGGCAUGAGACCGCCUUCAUGCAGUGACUACAGACAGCAACAUCAUCAGUGCAUUGAGGCUAGUGGCAAGCAACUUGCUCUGCUCUAUGCUGCGCUCUACACUAUUGCGCUGGGCGGCGGCGGCAUAAAGUCUAAUGUCUCUGGUUUUGGGUCUGAUCAGUUUGAUGUCUCAGAUCCCAAGGAAGAGAAGGCCAUGAUCUUUUUCUUCAACAGAUUCUAUUUCGGAAUCAGCAUUGGAUCAUUAUUUGCCGUAAUAGUGCUUGUGUACAUACAAGACAAUGUCGGAAGAGGAUGGGGAUACGGUAUAUCAGCAGGGACAAUGGUAAUUGCAGUCACCAUAUUGCUAAGCGGGACACCGUUUUAUCGGUUCAGGAAGCCACAAGGAAGCCCUUUAACUGUCAUUUGGAGGGUGUUUUUGUUGGCUUGGAAGAGAAGGACUUACACUUAUCCUUCUCACCCAAGCCUUCUAAAUCAGUUCCAGAAUGCCAAGGUCCCACACACAGAGAAAUUCAGGUGCCUUGAUAAGGCGGCGAUCCUAGAUGAGAAUGCUGGUACUAAGGAAAGCAUGAACAACCCGUGGAUAGUUUCUAAUGUGACAGAAGUCGAAGAGGUAAAGCUAGUACUGAAGCUAAUGCCAAUAUGGUCCACCUGCAUCCUUUUCUGGACAAUCUAUUCCCAGAUGACUACCUUCACAAUUGAGCAAGCUACGAUUAUGCACAGAAAUAUUGGUUCUUUUGUCAUCCCUUCUGGAACUUACUCUGCAUUCCUCUUCAUAACGAUUCUCCUCUUUACUUCUCUCAAUGAGAGGUUUUUUGUCCCCAUGGCUCGAAGGCUCACCCGCACAACGCAAGGAAUCACAAGUCUGCAGAGAAUUGGGAUGGGACUUAUUCUGUCAAUAGUUGCAAUGGCAGCGGCAGCUAUCAUUGAAAAGGAGAGGAGGAACAUCGCCGUUCAAGAAAGCAAAAAGAUUAGUGCUUUUUGGUUAGUCCCACAGUUCUUCUUUGUGGGUGCCGGGGAAGCUUUUGUCUAUGUCGGCCAACUCGAGUUUUUCAUUAGAGAAGCACCAGACAGGAUGAAGUCCAUGAGCACAGGGCUUUUCUUAAGUGCCAUUUCGAUGGGAUUCUUCCUGAGCAGCUUGUUGGUGUCUCUUGUAGACAAAGUAACAAAUAAUGGCUGGCUCAAAAGCGAUUUGAAUCAAGGGAAGUUAAACAACUUCUACUGGAUGCUCGCAGUCUUAGCAGUGCUAAAUUUCCUGGUUUUUCUGGUCUUCUCGACGAGGCACCAGUACAAAGUCCAGAAUUAUGCCAGAGACGAUGACAACGACGAUGAAGAGGAACUCAAGACUUCAAAUGAGAUGAAAGCCGACAGGAAGGAAAAUGGGCUAAUUGCUGAAGAGAAAGGAGAACUUCAGUUUGUGUGAUCUUAGGGGCUCACAGGAAUCGUUUUGCCCAUUAUACUUCACUUUCUUGAACUUGGAGGAAUAUCAAGAAUUAGAGGGUUUAAUCUGCUUGUCUUAGUAGAAGCAUAGCUCAGGUCAUCAUGUAAAGAUUAUGCAUCAGGAAAUGUCCUGUAAAUACCGCCUAUCUCGGUUUUCAAGCAUUUAAAAUUAACAAACUUUGCUGCGGCGUGGAUCUCUUGAAUUUGAUCGCAUCAAUAGCCAAAGAUCUAAAGUUUUACACUAGAACACAAAUUUCGGUCGAUAUCUUGAAUCUCCAUGACAGUGCUUCCGUUCUCUCAUAGGAAUGCUAGUCAAGCUUUGUAUAAGAAAGUCACCGAUUAGUGCACCAAAAGCCACAUCAGAAGUGUGGAGCUAGAAGAAAGUCACAAAGCUUUGUAUAUAUCUGUAUUUUAUCUAUUUUGCUAAUUAUAUCAGUUAGAUACACAUAGCUAUAUGUUCAUAGAAGUUCAUAUACCGAUUUCGAUUUUUGCAUAUAAGGGAUAGACGAGCCACAGUAUU